CAGCGCCGAUUGGCUAGGCGUGACGCUAGGCGCGGAACGCGACGAACCGGACCGAGCCGAACAUGGUGCGAGGCGAAACGUGAGGCAGGAGGCUGCUCCGCGUUGUCUUACAGAUAUCGAUUGGGUCCCGGCGUGGGCACAGCGCGCGUCAUGCGGCGAUCAUGAACGGCGUGCCCCCGCGCGACGACGACGACGACGAGGCCUGGAUCGCGAUUAUCGCGAGUGCGCCGCGGCCGAUUUAGCGCGAGGGGUAAGCCGCCGCGGCGUUGCUCGUCCAUUCGCCUCUCCCGCGUCCAGCAGCUCCAACUCCCGAGCACGAACGUUCCCGGUCCUCGACGUUUUCCCGAGACGUGCGACGUACGGGACCAACCUCGGCUCCGUCAAUCUUUCCUCCUUGCCGGGCGCUGCUCCAAAUUGUCCUCCGGCCGAUUUGUCAUUGUGCAUUUACCGCCGAUUUGGAGCACUUUGCUUCUCCCCGGAACUGUCAUCGAUAAGAUUCGCGAGAAGAGCCGUAUUUAGUAUUAAACGCUCGAUGAGAUUCGACACUCGCCGUAAUUGCUGAAUGGAUGGAAUUGGAUUGUCAACUGCAUCACUUUAGAAUUUAUCAUUACAGUUUCUCAUAAUGGACCAUGCGCAGAGUACAAGCAAACGUACGAAUAUAGAAUUUGUAAGGCAAUCAUAUAUUGCCUGUAAUACUUUUUCUCAGGGGGUGUCAUGGAAAUAUCAAAAAUUCUGGCUACUAUAGACUUUUCAGUGCAUAGGUGAAGCAAACGAAAUUUGAGAUGGACUCCCCGCCAUCAUGUUCGCUGAGCGCUGGGCCUCUCAGUGAUCUUGGUAGCAGUGGCCUGGGGGGUUCGAUAUCUAGUGAUUCUGUUAGAGCACAUCUUGCGAUGGAGAUGCAGGAGAGUGACAUAGAGAGCAAGUCCCUAUCGCAAGAUUCUUUUGAUUAUUCGGAUGGUAUGUGUGGCGAGAAUUUCAAUACCCUGAAAAAGGGCCCAGGCUGGGGCGAUGCAGACGGCAAGUUGGAAGUCGAGGUGGUCGACGUAGCGAUCAAACCACCGCCAGAAUUUCAGGAUAGUCCAUCGCCGCCAGACUCGGAAUCUUCGUCGGUGCCGAUUCUGAAUUACGCGCGACUAAUGAGACGCAGAGCGCCACGAUGGAUCGACGACUAUGCUGAGAACCUGAUACAAUCGAUGGUAGAGGAAGCACUAGCGAUUUCUUGCCGCAUCUCUUGGCCAGAAGGAAGAAUCGCGCCUAUUACGAAUCCGGUUUCAGUGGUGACCCGGUCCCAACAGAUCAAUCCUAAACGCAUGUGGGAUCUAAUGACACCUCCAGUAUGUCAGGGCGCUGCUACCAUCACUAUUACCCCAUACAAUACGCUAAACCGGCCAAACUCACGCUGCUCGCUGGCCUCCUCGCGAUUGUCCAGCUCACACAACUCUAUCAACACUACUGGGCUUGGCCACAAAGCUGACGACAGCAGCUUUAUUACAUCCGCGAUGUCGCACGAUGUGUUGACCACAAGUGAAAUUAGCGACAUGUACAAUGUACCCUUUGAUUCAGACAUUUACACAGUACCGAUUGAUGUGGUGCGGCCGUUGCAUGAUCUGCGAACGCCACAGCGGCCUAAACGGCACCGGCAUCAUCGCAAAAGACGGCGGAACGUUUCUGCGAGUUCGCAAAGCGAGCUGGAGGCACACAUCCAACAGGCGCGUCAUUAUUGUGGCAAAUCCCGUGCCAUCACGCAUGUUAUCAAAUCACAGCGUUUGUUGGCUGAUGUGUGCUGUAGUGGUAGUAGUGGCGGUAAACGACACAGCGUGCCGGGUACUUCUGGUCGUCACAGUGUCAGACCAUCGAACGGACAUGCACAUAACAUUGGUGAACCGAUCCACAUGACCUUGCACGAGGUGCGACAGUAUCUACAGACGUUGUACUCGAGCUCUAGCGAUUCUAGCGAGAAUAAGAUCAAACGGGACAAGGCUCCUUUGCUGGGCCAUACACCAGUACAUCUCGCCGCAACGCCUAAGGCCCUCAGUGUAAAUAAUAAUAAUAGGUAUAACAGUAAUGCGCAUACGGAUUCGUCCACGGACACGCCGGUGUCUAAUAAGAGUACUAGUAACGGCCUGAUGAUCCAUCAUCACAACAACAAUAAUAACAAUCAUAACAACAAUAACUCUAAUAAUGUAAAGAAACAUAAGAGGAACGCGUUCGUUGGCAUCAGACACAAGAAAGCGCGCGACGAAUCACAUAAAGAGAAGAGCGAAUCUGAGCGAGAGAAGAUGAAGAAAAGUCAACGUAAUUUCUCGUUAAAUCUCAAGCAGACGCUCUGUAACAUCUUCCGAUUUCGACGACUAGGCUCUCCGGAUCAUUUUGUGGAGAAACGGAACAGCAUCGUACAAGGAGAGAUCGUUGAAGAGGAAGAGGGUGUCGAUUCCGACCAGCAUACAAACAAUAAUAACACCGCUCCAUCUGAGGUAGAGCCGUCCGCGCAGAAGCUGCCAUUCUUCAAGCGCGCUUUACCACCUCUGCCCAAGAGUAAUAGUCAAGUGGGGGUAGAGCAAGCGGAAGAGGCCCUUACAGCAAUGGCACCUAAAUGUGAGUCUCCGAGCUCGGUACAGCCGCAAGUUCCACCCCCUAUCGUGCGACCAGAAGAAGAUACUGCUGAGGACACAAGUAUGGAUUUUGCAGCCAGUAUCGAGAAAGUGAAGGAUUAUGGAUGGUAUUGGGGACCUAUAUCUGGUGAAGCGGCGGAGAAGAUAUUAUCUAACGAACCGGAUGGCUCAUUCAUCGUGCGAGACAGUAGUGACGAUCAUUACAUUUUUUCCUUGUCAUUUAGACUCAACAGUUGUGUGCGACAUGUAAGGAUAGAACAUGAUCAGGGUAAUUUUAGCUUCGGCAGUUGCACGAAGUUCAAGUCGCACACUAUCGUUGACUUUAUCGAAAACGCGGUCGAGCAUUCGCGCAGCGGUCGCUAUCUCUUCUUCCUACACCGACGGCCAGUUCUGGGCCCAAUGCGGGUACAGCUGCUCCAUCCAGUGUCGCGCUUCAAACAGGUGCAGAGCCUGCAGCAUACGUGCAGGUUCGUCAUCCUGAAGAUGGUGCGCAGGGACUUGAUCCCGACUUUACCGCUACCCCGGCGACUCAUCGACUAUCUCAGCACACCUCAUUAUUACAGCGAGCAGCUGGCGGCUGAACAGGACGACCGAGCCGAAUCGCCGGUCAGCUCGUCGACCGGCGAACUAGAGAAGAUCUGCUUCACACCGCAGGGUCUCUCGUGAGGUAUAGCCGUGUGACUUUUCCCUCCUCCGCUCCGCUCUCUGUGCAAAGAGAUAUUUGCGCCGAACGUCGCUCGCGGCGUUAACGUAAAUUUAAUUCGCAGUUUAAUUAAAUUUUCGCAACAUGUAAAAAUUUACAUCGCCGUUUUCAUUCAAAUUCUGUCGACGUGCAAAAAUUUAAAAGAUCGCUGAAUUAAAUUUUGACUGGAUAUAAUAUGGAAUUUCAUUUAUAGCUGCAUAAAACAUAUUAUUACAUAUAUGUAUAUGUACAACAAUUUAUUUUAUAAUUCAAUUAAUUUUGAGUUUCUGGCAGGGUAUAAGAAUUUAAUUUCUUGGUUUAAUUAAAUAUAUGUACAAACAGGGGCGGCAACUUACCUCGCCUAUGGAUGUGGAAUUUUUGACUGACGAAAGGAAGUGAAGGGAAGAGUACAAAAUGACGUUUUAUUUUUAUUUAUUUUGUGCUCUUUGUUGCCGUCCCCUUUUUUACAAUUGCAAAUUGCGACGCUCUGUCUAACAGUUGGCAAGGGAUCAUUUAUAUUGGCCGUAACCAUAUGCUGUAAUUUGUAAGAAUUGACUAAUCACAGUCGAGUAUUUCCCUCUCAUUCAAUUGUAAGAGAGGAAUGCUCGAUUGUGAUUAGUCAAUUUUUACAGAUUACUAUGGCAUACGGCGCACGAUUACGACCAGUAUAAAUAAUCCCUAAGUUGAAUCUCUGCUACGCGCGCAGUUAUACUGCCAUCACGAAUAUCGGUAUCUGUGCACAUUUUAAAAAAUUCACAAUUGAUUUUUAAUCCAAUUCAUGGAUUUCCACACUAAGUUAAAUUUUGGGUGUGGAGCUCCACAAUUUCACAUCAUAGUUGCCGUCCAUGUGUACAAAAAUUUAACAUUUGCUGCUGAACUAAAUUUUAGUCAAUAUAAAGGAAUUUACAAUCAGUAGCUUAAUUGAAUUAUCAUUAAUGUGCAGAAAUUUAACAACUAAUAAUCGAAAUUUUCGUUGCCGGAAUUUAAUUCAUGAUUUGAAUUUUUGCCAUCGUCGACGAUGUGAUGUACGAUUAAUGAUUUUGCGCUUGUGAUUUUGACUUCGACGAUUUACGGCGUAUCGAUUCGUAAAGUGAGUAUUGUGAUUAAACUUGAAAGUAGAGGAAUAUAUAAAGAAAUUUCCGUGUGCACUAUAUAUCUAGAGCUGCAAGUUAUGGUCGUUUCAAUCUGAUUUGAUUGUCGAGGGAAAGGAAUAAAAAAUCAAUUUAUUCUAUUUCAACAAAAAUCGUGAUAUUGUAUAUCGUAAUAUUCAUUCUGUGUAUGUACUAUGCUGACACGAGACUUUUGAGAUAACAUAAUUUUCUUUCUUUGAGAUAUGAUUCUGUGCAGCUUGAAUCGCAGCUAAAGUAAAACUGUUUGCGGAAUAGCCAAUAUGACUAAUUGAGGGGAGAUUCACGACGCGAAAUCAUUUAUUCAUCUCCUAUCAAAUAUUACUUGACGAUCACAUCUCUGUUGUUAAUUUAUGCAGUACAACUUUAAAGGCAAAAAGAAAGAGACGCGCGAUCGAACUGAGCGUAAACAAAUUCUGUAUAGCCCUUUCUAAUUUCUUUUUAUGGCUAUAACGAAUGGCAAGAUUACAUGUGACAUAAACCACGCACAAAAUAUUCGUUUAUACGUACACAUAUAAGUGCAUAUAUAAAUAUACACACACGCGUAUAUAUUGAAGGAAGGAGGGGAAAGAGAGAGAGAGAGAGAGAGAGAGAGACACGCAGUAGUCGAAUGGAAUCUUUUUGCGUGCCAUACUUGCCAUUUUCUGUUGAAUUUUACGCAGAUUAAUAUUAAUAUUUCGUUGUAACGUUGAAGAUUAUAUUUAGUGUUUAUUCUUUACAGUCGUGCUUCCUGCUAUCCUCUAGCAGAUAGAAUAUUCUUAUAAUUCAGAUUAUCUUUGGAGUUGAUUUAGUUGAUUUAAAUUAAUUGAUUGCUAGAAGAGCAAAUCAACAAGAGAAAAGCAUGGAAUAAUGUGGAAUCAUAUUUAUUAAAAAUUCUUACAUUUUUCUUUUACGAAUCGAUUACGCGAAACCAUUGAAAGUUAUCUCGAUUGUAAAAACUCUUACAAAUAUAUAUAACCAAAGGAAAUAUUCUGGCAAUAUAUAAAGGGUAGCUAAAGUCGCAAUGCGCAAUUCAAAUGUUACAUGAUUUCUUAUUCAUUUAAGUAAUCAAUUUAAAACUAAUUAAUAUUUAGUUAAUAGAAAGAAAAGUAGUGAAAUAUUAGUGACUGGUGCUAUGCGAAAUUAUAUUCUUCAUUUUCAUGCAUGAUUAGAAUAAUCGCGCGUUUAUUUUUAUGCUCAACAAUUUUGAAAAAGCAGUGUCAUGCAAUAACGUUCAUCGAAAUUAAUCGGAUUUUGAUGGUACCGCGCAAUUCUAUAUAUAUUUUUAUAUAAUUUAAUAUAUUCGUUUAAUUUCGAUUGUAUUAUAUCUAUGAUUUUUUUAUUUAAACUGUUAAUUAUACGUUCAAGAAUUAUAAACGAGUGACACAAACUUUCUCCGCAAGCUUUUUCGAAGUAGAUACUUAUUCCGAUCAAUUUUCACAUUUCAAUGUUCCCUAGAGCUUAACAACGUGGCAUUAGUAUUGCUAUAGAUUUUCCAAAGGAAAACUUCCUGUGGCAAUUUGUAGCUGAAAAUCGUGAAGAUACGUUUAUCGAUACAUAGAUCCCCUUUCUCAUUCUUUCAACAUUUAUUGAUAUCGAGGAGUGAUUCGUUGACUGAUUUAUUACCUCGAGAUACAAGUGAAUAUAAUUUAUGUUUGUCUAGAAAGUGUGUCGCUUGAAAUUCCGUUUUUGCGCUUUAGACACAAUACGCAUACACAGACACACAUGCAAACAGACACGUAUACACUGACAAAUUUUGUACUCAGUAUCCACCAAGUAGAUUUUGCAAUACGAUUACUAUUAAUAUUAAUGAGAUCGUCCAGGGGGACUAUGCGGGUCCUGCGUGGGGUUUGUAAGGCAUGUGCGUAUAGUUAAUAAUGGUACCACAAUACCUCACAGUCACAGAGGGAGGUAUACGUAUAUAGAGCAGAAUUAGUAAGGUUUUAUAACGAGCGUAUUUACAUCAGCAUAAGUUGCACACAUCUCACAUACACAUCUCACAUACACAAAACACACACACACACACACACGCGCGCGCGCGCGCGCGCGCACACACACACGACAAAACGUGUGAUUUCAA